GUCAAACUUGGAUAGUGCUUUACAGCCGACGGGACUGACUGCGUACGGUGUGAUCAUAAACAGGUUGGAACAUGGUAGCCCAGCACCAUGUCUUUUAUUUUUGACUGGAUCUACAGAGGCUUGAAUGGCGUCUUACAACUUCUAGGAUUGUACAAGAAGACUGGCAAGUUGGUGUUCCUUGGAUUGGACAAUGCUGGCAAAACGACAUUACUGCACAUGCUCAGAGAUGACAGGCUGGGCCAGCACGUACCCACUCUGCACCCAACAUCUGAGGAGCUGACCAUUGCUGGAAUGACCUUUACCACAUUUGACCUGGGGGGUCACACACAAGCACGACGCAUCUGGAAAAACUACCUCCCAGCCAUAAACGGUAUCGUCUACAUGGUGGACUGUGCCGAUCGCGAGCGACUAGCUGAAGCCAAAGUGGAGCUGGAUGCUCUUUUGACAGAUGAUACGAUCUCAAAUGUGCCGGUUCUCAUCCUGGGAAACAAAAUCGAUCGACCGGAAGCCAUCAGCGAGGAUGCGCUUCGAGGGAUAUUUGGUCUGCAGGGACACACGACUGGAAAGGGCAAUGUGUCCAGGAAGGAGCUGAAUUUGAGGCCAAUUGAGAUUUUUAUGUGCAGCGUCCUGAAAAGACAAGGUUACGGCGAAGGAUUCCGCUGGCUGUCCCAAUACAUUGACUGAUUCAGUGCAAAUUGAUACAGAUUCCAACAGUGAUUUACAAAACAACACUACCUGCAAACAUUUGAUUUACAUGUGUUGCAAUAAUAAUUUCGAAUGUGCCAGCUGGGAAUGCAUUUUAUGUUGAAGAAAAUAUCCUUUGAUAGAAAAAGAUAAUACCGCUGCAAGUCAAAGAUUAUUUAUUGAGUAUAACCAAGGAUCCUCUUGCUAUGGGAUUUUACCUUUGGGUGCCAAAGAGAAAGUGUCAUCACCAACCAGUCAUGGCUUAUUUUUAGCAGCGGGUGUUGACUUACAGCAAAGGUCGGUUUGUUUAAAGUUUUGUGGACCGUGUUAAGAUGCACUGUAGCUAUUGAAACACAUGUUGUAUCCAAUUACUCACUUGAAAUAAAUGGAAAGUUUUUUUUUUUCUGUUGGGGGGUGGAAAACAGGGUUUACCACGAAAAGCUCAAAGUGUUUUAAUUUCCUUUUUCUCCAUCUGUGAGAUUCAAAGACUACAGAACAGUGUUAUAUAGUUGGAAUUAAUGCUUGAAGGUGGCAUAUAAUAUGUGGAAAAUUACAAGAUUGGAGUACUUUGUGAUUAGUAGCUGCUUACAACAUGCAGUGAUAUUAUGAGAGUACUUCCACGGUGGGCUUUAACAGCACGUGUUCGAAAAUAAUGGUUGAUGUGUUUCCAAAUAUUAUUUGUACAUAGAAAAAAUAUUAUUUAUAUAUUUACAUGAUGGAGGCCUAAUUAUCUCUGAAGCUGUUACAAAAGAUGGGACAAAAUGUUAUUUAAGAUGGGUUUGAAUAAACACUUUCUACAAACUUCAUUUCUUUUGAAUGAAUUAUUACGAGAAUGAAAUGUUAAUAUUCCUGCAAAUUGAACUACUUCAUAUCGUCAUGAAUUAUUAAUAUUGUUGGUUUCUAAAUUGUAUGCAUUUGUAUGUAUAGAUUUAAGGUUGGGUAAGAUGUUGCGCAAUGGCGGAUGAAAAACUUAUGAAGAUCCUAUGAACUUUAUUUCAUUACAUAUGAGAGUUUACUGGAAGGAAAUUACUACAAGCUAUUCAAAAAGCUAUUCAAAAAAUUAAGAGGUCAUACAAAUGAGGAAUUUAAAUUGCCUGUUGAGAAAAAAAAACGGUCGUAUUCAGUUAGAAAAAAGCAGCAACAGAAAGAGACUACUUAAAUUCCUAGAAAUAGGGUUUGGCGACAGAAUAACAUAGGUAAUACAUAUUCAGAUGGUAAUUGAUUGAAUUAAGAAGGAAUUAUUGACGGAUUUACAAAUGGCUUGGUUUAUAACAAACUGCAAAUUUCUUUUGAAGCAACACUCGGUAACUUUUCAGUUUUGGUCGAUUUUAGCGACGCAGUUGGACAAAAGUGGUAGUGUUUUGGCUUAAGGAAGACUGCGUUUCCCAUGAGGACCAUCGCGUGUCUAAAAAUCCUAAUCUCCCAGUCGCCUGCAUGGAUCCGUUUCCAGCGGUUGUGUGAAGGAUGAAUAGUAAUGAGGUAAUCCAGCUAUGGCAAAACAAUAGCAUAUGACGAUGUUGACAACGAGA